AUGUCUAAUAAAAGUCAACCAGAAUGGCACGUCCCGGAAAAUAAUGAGUCAUCGCCUACUCUUAAACUUUAUAACUCACUUACAAGGAGUAAGAUUAAUUUUGUUCCGAAAAAGGGAAAGCAAAUAACUUGGUACAAUUGUGGACCGACAGUUUAUGAUUAUGCACAUAUCGAUAUUAUUCGACGUGUACUUUCAGAUUAUUUUAAUUAUGAUGUUUUAUUUGUAAUGAAUAUUACUGAUAUCGAUGACAAGAUUAUACUUCGCGCUCGUCAAAAUUAUCUUUUCAAUAAUUUCAAGUCAACAAUAAAUUCUCUUACUAAAGAAUUAAUAGAUCAAGUUAAAACUGCAUUAAACGACUUUGCUCGAUCAAAACUUGGCGUCGUGAAUGAUGGCUCAAUGCUAAAUUUGGCAUCUUCAAAGGAUGACCCAAGAUACCUUUUGUAUGCCAACACUUUUAGAGAAACUUUAGAAACAGUUGUGUCUGCUGAAUGUUCUCUAGAAGAUAAUGAUGCAAGUCAAGAGGCAGCACAUCAACUGUUGGAUGGAUCUAAAGACGUUGUUUCAUCAUGGUUAGAUAAGGAGAAAGGUACUACUGUGACAGAUCAAAAAGUUUUUCGCGAUUUGGCUGCUUAUUGGGAGCAAGAUUUUAUGAAAGAUAUGGAAUUAUUAAAUGUUCGACCAUGUGAUAUUUUAACUCGCGUUAGCGAAUAUAUUCCUGAAAUAGUAGCAUAUGUUCAAAAAAUAAUUGAAAACGGUUAUGGUUAUGUAGCGGAUGGAUCGGUCUAUUUCGAUACAAAGGAAUUUGAUGCUAAAAAAGAUCAUCAUUAUGCCAAAUUGCAACCGUGGUCUGCUGGAAACGAGGGAUUAAUCGAAGAAGGUGAAGGUAGUUUAGGAAGCAAAUUACUAGGCAAAAAAAACAAGUGUGACUUCGCUUUAUGGAAAAAAAGUAAGCCCGGCGAACCAUCUUGGGAGUCUCCUUGGGGACCAGGACGACCUGGUUGGCAUAUAGAAUGUUCGGUGAUGGCUAGUGAAAUUCUUGGAGAAAAUAUGGACAUCCAUUCUGGAGGAAUUGAUUUAGCGUUCCCACAUCAUGAUAAUGAAUUAGCACAAUCUGAAGCUUACCAUGAAUGUCAACAAUGGGUUAAUUAUUUUCUUCAUGUUGGACAUUUACAUGUCGAAGGUCAAAAAAUGAGCAAGUCAUUAAAGAAUUUUAUCACAAUUCAGCAAGCAUUGAAGAAAUAUACACCUAGGCAAUUGAGGUUAUGCUUCCUACUUCAACAAUGGGAUUCUAAACUCGAUUUUAAAGAAAACAUCUUUGAUGAGAAUUUUUUUGUCAAUACCAAAGCCUUUUUAAAUGAACGUAAGCAUAACGCUUAUGGUUCCGAUGGAACGCACCGAUACCGUAGUUCCGAAAGAGAAAUAAUAAAUCUCCUUCGUGAAAAGCAGACAACGAUUCAUGAAGCUCUAUGCGAUUCAAUAAAUACUCCAAGCGCUAUGUCAGAACUAAUGGAACUAAUAAACAGGACCAAUAUUUACUUAUCUAGCGGAAGAAAUAAUAUCAACGCUAAUGUACUUGAAAACAUUGCAAAAUAUGUUACAAGAAUUUUAAAAAUUUUUGGCGUUACAGAAAAUCCCGCAUUUGAAGAGAUUGGUUUUGGAAUAUCACAGCAACAAAAUAUUGGAAAUAUGGAAGAUAUUGUCCUUCCAUAUCUAAGGGUUCUAUCAGGUUUUCGUGACAAUGUUCGCAAUCUUGCUAGGCAACAAAAGAGUCACAGUGAAUUUUUGGCAUUAAGUGAUAAAUUAAGAGAUAUAGAUUUAGUUGAGUUAGGUGUAUCAUUGGACGAUCAGGAAGAUGGUAAAGCUUUAGUAAAGCUUGUAGAUAAGAAUGAACUUAUUAAAGCAAGAGAAGACAAACUGAAAGUUCAAGCCGAAAAAGCGGCAAAAAAAGAAGCUGCUGCAAAAGCCAAGGAAGAAGAGAGACAAAAACGACUGGAAAAAGGUAAAUUAGCUGCUGAGGAUAUGUUCAAGGAUGUAAAAGGAGAGGAUGGAGAAAAUGCUUAUUCCGCAUUUGAUGAACAGGGAAUACCAACACUCGAUGGACAAGGACAAGAGCUUCCUAAAAAUAGAAUUAAGAAAUUUAAAAAAGAAUGGGAAGCACAAAAGAAAUUACACACAGAAUAUUUAGCUUGGGUACAAGAGCAGGGUGACAUAAAUUAA